AAUGGGGCCAAAAUAGAAAGAAAGCCAUCCAAAGAUGCUUACGUUAUUGGAAUAGACUGGAAAGAUGAUUAAAGCUACUACACCCCACCCCAUGGUCAUCUUCUUCACUUGACCCUCUGCGCUUCCCUCCACUUUCUGGCACUUUCUCCAGAAAGAGAACCCGAAAGUAAAAAAGAAACCAUGGGAGAGAGAGAAACGAUGGAAGAAAACAGGUGCAUAGUGAUGUUCCCGUUCAUGGGUCAAGGCCACAUGAUCCCCUUCCUGGCCUUAGCCCUCCAAAUCGAGCAAAGAGGCUACCCCAUCAUCUUUGUCAACACCCCUCUCAACAUCGCCAAGCUCCGGCGAUCAAUCCCACCCACCUCUUCAAUCCGCCUCGCUCAUCUCCCCUUCAAUUCCUCCGACCACGGCCUCCCGCCGGACUCCGAGAACACCGACGUCCUCCCUUACUCCCUCGUCCUCCAAUUCCUCGAGGCCUCCACCACGCUCCGACCCGCCUUCCGAUCCCUCCUCGCCGACCUCAUCCGCGGCGGCCCUCCGCCGCUCUGCGUCGUCGCCGACAUAUUCUUCGGCUGGUCCGCCGAGGUCGCCCACGACCUGGGGCUGUUCCACGUCAUCUUCAGUGGAGCCGGUGGGUUCGGAUUGGGGUGUUACCACUCCGUUUGGCUGAACCUGCCCCAUCUCGCCUCCCAGUCCGCGGAAUUCACCUCACCGGACUUCCCCGAAGCCGGCCGGUUCCACGUCACCCAGCUCACUGCCGCCUACUUGCAGGCCGACGGCAAGGACGGAUGGUCGGUUUUCCAGCACAGGAACCUCUCGGGGUGGGCAAACUCUGACGGGCUUCUGUUCAACACCGUUGAAAACCUCGACCGGAUCGGAUUAUCCUACUUCCGGCGCCAAUUGAAGCGCCCAAUUUGGGCCGUCGGGCCGGUCCUCCUGCUCGGAGAUGACCGAUCUCGACUCGGGAAACAGGCCGGAAUUACGCUGGAACAAUGCUUGGAUUGGCUCGAUACGAAAUCGCCGAAUUCGGUCCUGUACAUAUCAUUCGGAUCAAUGAACACCAUAUCCGCCUCGCAGAUGGUGCAGCUGGCUAAAGCGUUGGAACAAGUUCGGAAUGUGAAUUUCAUAUGGGUUGUCCGGCCGCCGCUGGGGUUCGACAUAACGGCCGAGUUCAGAGCAGAGGACUGGCUGCCGGAGGGGUUUAUCGACAACGUGGUGGAGGAUCAGAAACGUGGGAUUGUCGUGGUGCAAUGGGCACCCCAGGUGGAGAUUUUGUCGCACAAAGCAGUGGGUGCGUUCGUGACGCACUGUGGGUGGAACUCGGUGCUGGAAGCGCUGAGCCGGAGCGUGCCGCUGAUCGGGUGGCCGAUGGCAGGGGAGCAGUUCUUCAAUGCCAAGUUCCUGGUGGAGGUGGUGGGGGUGUGCGUGGAGGUGGCGAGAGGGACUAAUUUUGAGGUGAGGCAUCAGGACAUAGUGGACAAGAUAGAGCUGGUGAUGGGGGAAGAGAGUGAGAAGGGGAAGGAGAUGAAGAGGAGAGCACUGGAGGUGAAGGAGAUAAUCAAAGAUGCCAUUAGGAACGAGGAGGGAGUUGGUAGUGGAAUCAAGGGGUCCUCUGUCAAAGCAAUGGAUGAGUUUUUCAAUGCUGCCAUCAUCUCGUGGAACGAGAAGACGACAAAGUCGGGCAAAGGCCCUGGCCAGGACGGGGACGAGGACGAGGAGAGGACUUGUAUUUAGAUUUGAAGUUAAAUUAUUACAUAAAUAUUUACACAUCUGGUGUAUAGGUGGUGGGUAUACCAGCGACCAGAGUUGUGUUGGCCGGCAUAUUGAUCGUACAUUUUGUUUUUUAAUUGCUUUGCUGGUAUGACUAAGACAUGUGUCAAGCUUUUGUUUGUUCCCUUAAAUUAUAAGGAAAUUAAUUAAUAUUUUCCUUU